ACAUUUAUAAAUGGCGGCUCUAGUCAUAAAUGCUGUCGUCGUUUUUUGUGUGAAAUAGUUCCCAAUUUUCUUUUCACUGGUCUAUAAUUUCAGUGUUCUGAAUACAUUACAAUAUGGAAAUGUGAUUGAAUUAUUACUUUUGACAUUGUUGUUAUUUUUCAUAAUUCUACAAGACUCGGACUAGCUUGCACAAUGUCGAGCGAUGAAGACAAACCUCCAGCGCCUCCAGUGCGAUUGACAAGUAACCGAGCCACCGAUCGCGGAGACUCCGUAGCUUCUGUGGAUAUGAGGCCACUGCCAAAAGAACCUGAUGAUGGUGGUGAUAGGAAAAAGAAAACACUAAAGGCUAAAAUAAAAGGCUCUAAAAGUACAGCUCACAAUGAUAACAAACCUAAUAUUAGUUAUCCCACCAACUUUGAGCAUACUGUUCAUGUGGGUUUUGAUGCAGUUACUGGAGAAUUUACAGGCAUGCCGGAGGCCUGGGCGAGGCUGCUAAUGGCCUCCAAUAUUAGUAAACAAGAACAGAAGAGCAAUCCCCAAGCUGUUCUCGAUGUCCUCAAGUGGUAUGAUGCCUCUGCGACCCAACCACCAGCAUCCAAAUACAUGACCUCUGCACAGAUGCAUACAACCCAUUCAGGUUCUUCAGUAUCUCGAGUGUCGUCUAGUAGUCCAUCAUCAUCAACUCCAACAGACACGGAGCACCCGGAGCCUCCGCCGCCGCCUCCGUCGCGACCUGAUCGUACUAAAAGUAUUUACACAAAACCCAUAGAAGAAGAGGAAGCACCUCCGGCGAGGCCGGUCGCCCCGCCCGCCUCGCCGCCGCACAUCUCGCAUCCCAACAUAACCACUCAUUCACAGAUAUGCAGCCGAGUGGAUGUGGGCGGGUCCCCGUUGCCGCUGGACCGCAACAAGAACCCGGCGCCCGCGGCCGCGCCUCAGACACCACCCGCGCACCCCCCACACCCGCCACACCCGCAGCACACCCCGCACGCCCCCAUCGCGCCCCCCGCCAACGGCGCACAGACCAACACCGACACGGGAUCAUAUAUCUGCAGACGAGCAACUGGUCAACAGCAAAGAAAGAAAAAAAUGACUGAUGAAGAAAUUUUAGAAAAAUUAAGAACAAUAGUUAGUGUUGGUGAUCCAAACAGGAAGUACACAAAAAUGGAGAAAAUCGGGCAGGGUGCGUCAGGUACGGUGUACACGGCCAUAGAGACGUCGACAGGCAUGGAGGUGGCCAUCAAGCAGAUGAACCUCAGCCAGCAGCCUAAGAAGGAGCUCAUCAUCAACGAGAUCCUCGUGAUGCGGGAGAACAAACACAACAACGUUGUCAAUUAUCUAGACAGUUAUCUCGUCAAUGAGGAGCUAUGGGUCGUUAUGGAGUACCUCGCGGGCGGGUCCCUGACGGACGUGGUGACGGAGACGUGCAUGGACGAAGGGCAGAUCGCCGCCGUGUGCCGAGAGGUGCUGCAGGCGCUGCACUUCCUGCACACCAACCACGUCAUACACCGCGACAUCAAGUCCGACAACAUACUGCUCGGCUUGGACGGACAAGUUAAAUUAACCGACUUCGGAUUCUGUGCUCAAAUAUCGCCGGAGCAAAAUAAACGAACGACGAUGGUGGGGACGCCAUAUUGGAUGGCCCCCGAAGUUGUAACAAGAAAGCAGUACGGUCCUAAGGUGGAUGUAUGGUCUUUAGGUAUAAUGGCAAUUGAAAUGAUCGAAGGCGAACCUCCGUACUUGAAUGAAAAUCCACUUCGCGCACUUUAUUUGAUCGCGACGAAUGGCAAGCCCGAUAUCAAAGACAAGGAGAAGCUCAGCACUGUGUUCCAAGAUUUCCUAGAUCAAUGUUUAGAAGUCGAUGUUGAGAGGCGCGCGACGGCGUUAGAUUUACUUAAGCAUCCAUUUUUAAAGAUGGCGAGACCGUUGGCGUCUCUAACUCCUCUAAUUAUGGCCGCGAAAGAGGCUGCAAAAGGACAUUAGCGCAGGCCACCGGCGCCCGCAGCGCCCGCGCGAUUCUAGUGCCCCCAGUGCCUAUACGUGCUGUACACGUGCGUACACGUGCCUGAACGUGCUGUACACGUACGGACAUAUGAACCAAACUAUACAUGUAAGCUGCGAACAUUCAGCAAAACAUAAUGCAGUGUUAUGGUAAAGUAUGUUGUCAGUGAAGUUACAAAGCUAUUAAAACAGGCUUAUUUUGUAAAGUGGCUGCGAUGUGUUACAUAAGUGAUCGUAUUUUUACAAAAGAAAUGUUAAUAAAUGUGCAGUCCAGUAGUUGUAAAGUUGUGUAGUAUUGUGUAGAAACAUUAUUUAUUAAAGAUUGCUAGCCCCGGCGAGGUAUCAGUCUACUGCGGGACGAAUCGAAAGGGAUAUAUAGGGUGUAGAUAUACUGUAGCAUUAGGAGUGGAAUUUGAAAUGUAACAAAAUAAUCUGCAAAUGAAGACUGGCAGUUAACUUUUAGAAGUUGUAAAGUAUAAAUAGUAGAUGUACUGUAGUUCUGUAUUAGUUAUAUAACCGGAUCAGCUUUUAACUGUGAUGGUAGUGGGUAGACUGUGGCGGCAGUAGGCUGAUGCACUCGCUCGGAGUGUAGGAGGGGGAGGGGGGGCGUCGCGUUGCCCCGCCUCAGAUGCGGUUGUUUCAAAGGGUAAAGUUGUCAGUUUUAUAACUCGGAAAUAAUAACGCUACGAAGUGUUUCCUAUUUAAGAAUAAUGGUUAUAUUAAGGUCCCGCUUUAAGAGGGGUUAUAGCAUCAAGUAUUUCAAUGAAAACUAGUGAGUGAAUGAAUAUCAAUAUAAAUAAUGAAUUAAUUUUGACUGAGAUUUGAUCCUAUAGGCAGUAUAUCUGUUGGCUUACAUUGCUUAUUAUAGUCGGUACAUGCGCUAGUUUUAUGUAUAAUUAUACAUACAUUAUCAUUGUAUUUAUAUUUUUUAAACUGCUUAUGUAUUUUUUAUCCUAAUGACAUUUGUAUAUGGAAAUAAGUUUUAGCACGGUUGCGAUUUUAAUAUUUUUGACAUGAACAUAUUUACAGUAGCAAAGUUUACGUAUUGUAUUGUUUUAAAUUGAAGACAUUGUUACUUUAAGUAUUAAUAAACUAAAAUAUUUUGAUGGAUCCAUUUAUUGUUAGUCAUCAAAUUGAAGCAUUUACCUAGUAUUAAGUUUAUAUAGUUUAUUGAUUAUAUUUGAAAUCAGAAAAGUCGGCAUCUUUUGUGGCACAAAAGUAUUAUUAAGCUUUUAAAUGAACAAUUGUAAAUUACGAAACUUAGAUAGAAUAUGAGAGAUUGUUUACCUUCUAUAUGAUAAGACAAUAGCUCCAUAGCUAGAGUUGGAUACAAAUAAUAAAUGCAAGCAAAAUGUACUCCGGAUAUCUUUGUUUAGUGUAUUGUACUCGUCUCUGCUUUCGUUUAUAGGUUGUGCCAGAAGACGCCAUUAAAUUUCCUUUGAAAUUGUUUAUGUUUGCUAUUUUUUAUUAAGCUUGUAAGAGAGAGAAGUGGAGAGCAUGUUUUGAAUGUUUGAGAGGAAUUAUGUUAACAAAAGCGAAGAAAAUCAGUGUCACCUGUAGACUGUAUAGAUACAAAAAAGCAGUGAUUAGUACUUUUUGACAAUACAAAGUGACCAAUUAACGCUAUAUAGAGUUCUUACAUUUGAUCCCGGUUGGUGCAAUGUGACGGUGAUUCAUUAUUGAUGUUAAUGUUUGUUUUUAUUAUAGGUUUGCUUAUUACAUAUAUCUGGAGCUAUUAGCAUAUCGUUUUAAAUGCAAUAUAAUUUAUAUAUGUAUAUUAUUCGUCGAAUACUCGCCGUCUUGAGGCCUAAUAUAGACUAUGUUUGACAUUCAAAUGUGGCCUAUUAUUAAAAUGCACAUAAAUCAUGCCCGCACCAACCACUGCUAAAAUGUGCAACAACAUAGAAAUAUGCAAAUAUGUAGCCAAAUUAUGUUGGCAAUUUUUAAU